UCGUGCAGGUUUUUUAUUUUUAUUUUUAUUAUUAUUAUUUUAUCUUUUUUUGGGAGGGGGGACGGGGGGGGUAUGACAGGAAGAUGGGGAUAUGGCGAGGAGAGGGGAUAUGGAGAAGAGGAGGAUGUGGACGAGGAGGACGGCGAGGAUAGCGAGGACGAUGAGGAGUCGUCGAGAUGGGGGAGGAGAAGAGAUGGACGGAGGGAAAAGAGGAACGGCAGGAGGAGGACGAGUGGGAGGAGGAGGAGACAUGGACGGCGAGGAAGGGGAGGACACGAGGAAGGGCAGGAGACAAGGAGGCAUGGAAGACGAGGAAGUACGAGGAGGAGACGAGAAGAAUGAGGAAGGGCAGGAGGAGGACGAGUCGGAGGAGACGGAAAGGAGAAGGGAGGAGGAGACAUGGAGGAUGAGGUAGGGGAGGAGGAGCAAGGUGAGGCAGCAGUCCUGUAAUGUUUUUUUUUUCAUCCCGCUUAUAAUUUUGGCGGGGGCCCUCAAAUGCACUGUUUCGACCCCGGCCUUCUGUUUUUUUUGCUGAGGGGUGGUGACGAGUCGUUCCCCGCACACAUCGUGCGCCGCACGGGAUCGGUUGGCGCCUGCGUUGCACGUAGGGAACCGCCCACACGAUGUGCGCUUGCAAGUAUAUGCUUUAUUCUUUCUUAUGCUGCUGAUGAUUUGUGUGAAUGAUUUUCUAAUACCAACGUAUGCGAUGACAAUUGCUGUCGAAUAUUAUGUGUUAAUAUUAGCGCGCUGCUGACGCAA